AUGGACUUUGUACCUUCAGCUUCAGAUGCUCAUGAUCACUUCCUCGGCGGUCAUUUCAGCGUGUCAGAGGCCUUUGAUGCAGAUCGCUAUGUCCUUGAGAGCGGGCUUCUCUCUUCCCCCAACUCAGUCGAUUAUGACAACGAUAUUAUGGCUGGUGACUCGUCCGCGUUCGCAUCCGCGUUCAACUUCGACAUGGACGAGUUCCUCAACGAUGAGGCCAGCGCAGCCGCCACUGACGCGUCAGCAGCGGAGAACAGCGCAGCGGACCCGGACUACGGCCGCCGUGCCCCUAACCCUGAGACUCAAGUCUCUUCAGAAAAUCCUAACCUGCAGCCCCAAUCUGGCGCGUCCACUUAUGGAUGCGACGAUGGAGGCAUUGCGGUUGGUGUCUGA